GAGGCGGCCGAAGGCGCAGGCGGCUUGGUUCGGCCCCGUCCGCCUCUUCCGCCGGCCGGGCCCGACCACCCGACGCUCCCCCCCUCUCCAGGGCCCCGGCGAUGGGCACCACUAGCCCCUUUCUGGCUCAAGCGCCUCUCUCCCUAACUCAUUCCUUCCUUUGAGGUGACCCCCGGCCGGAGGAUGCUGCUGGCGACGAUGUUGGCGAGUGGCCCGCGGGGGCCCCUGCUCCUGCCUCUCCUCUCGCCCGCCCUUCGCUUCCGCUCUACCUCAGCCACCGACGUGCACCACGCGGAGUUGGCCCGGGAACGAUCCAAGACCGUGACCUCCUUCUACAACCAGUCGGCCAUCGACGUUGCGGCCGAGAAGGCCUCGGUCCGUCUCACCCCGACAACGAUGCUGUAUUCUGGACGAUCGCAGGAUGGCAGCCACCUGCUGAAAAGUGCCCGAUACCUCCACCACGAGCUCCCCGUCCGCAUUGCUCACCGGAUCAAGGGUUUCCGGAGUUUGCCCUUCAUCAUCGGCUGCAAUCCCACUAUCCUACAUGUGCAUGAACUCUACAUCCGGGCCUUCCAGAAGCUCAGUGACUUUGCUCCGAUCAAGGAUCAGGCGGCUGAGGCUCAGUACUGUCAACUAGUGCGUCAGCUCUUGGAUGACCACAAGGAUGUGGUGACCCUGCUGGCUGAAGGUCUACGGGAAUGCCGAAAGCACAUCCAGGAUGAGAAGCUGGUCCGGUAUUUCCUGGAUAAGACUCUGACCUCGCGGCUCGGAAUUCGAAUGUUGGCAACUCACCACCUGGCCCUCCAUGAAGAUAAGCCGGACUUUGUCGGCAUCAUCUGCACCCGCCUCUCCCCAAAGAAGAUUAUUGAGAAGUGGGUGGAUUUUGCCAGGCGCCUGUGUGAACACAAGUACGGGAACGCCCCGCGGGUCCGGAUCAACGGGCACGUGGCCGCACGGUUCCCGUUCAUCCCGAUGCCGCUGGAUUACAUCCUUCCCGAGCUGCUCAAGAAUGCUAUGAGGGCUACGAUGGAGAGCCACCUAGACACUCCCUACAACGUUCCCGAUAUCGUCAUCACCAUCGCCAACAAUGACAUCGACCUGAUCAUAAGGAUCUCGGACCGGGGCGGGGGCAUCCCCCACCACCACCUGGAGAAAGUCAUGGAUUACCACUUCACCACGGCGGAGGCCAGCGCCCAGGACCCCCGCAUCAACCCUCUCUUCGGACAAAUGGACAUGAACAGCAGUGGCCAGACCGGCCCCAUGCAUGGCUUUGGCUUCGGCCUGCCCACGUCCCGGGCCUAUGCGGAGUAUCUGGGCGGCUCCCUGAGGAUCCAGUCCCUCCAGGGCAUCGGGACAGAUGUUUACCUCCGGCUCCGACACAUCGACGGAAAGGAGGAAAGUUUCCGGAUCUGAGUUCCCGGAUCCUUGUGGAGCUUCUACCUACGGCCCGGGGGCCUUGAGGGCUCGCCGGACUCCGGAUCUCUCCUUCCCCACCCCGAUCUUCCCUGGGUCUUGGGGGAACGCCCCGUUCCCCUCCACAGCACGAGCACGCCCACACACACACAUACACGCCCCACAUCCCUUCUCCAAGGUCCUCCCGUGACCCUGGACCUGACUCUCUUUCCCCUCCCCACCAUCCCUCCACGAUUGGCCGGACACUUUUCCUCCCCCACCCGCCCCCAGCCCCGGUCUCCUCAAGACCCGCGGCUACCGGGCCCACCGGCCGCUGCCUGCCGCUCACUUUCUUGUGACCUGCGGAAACCCCUCCGCCCUCCCUCUCAGUUGACUGUUGCACCUUCUAUUUCCACCAAUGCCCCUGCCCUUCACACACACCCUCCCCCCACCAGCCUGGGCACUGCCCUCUGGCUACUCAGAGACCCUCUCCUGCUUCUCCUGACCACCUCCCUCUCCCUAUAGAGUCUGAUAUUGGAAAGGGUGACACCCGCUCCCUUCCCCAACCGCCCCCCCCCCCCCCCCAUCUCUCAGGCUCGUCCAUUCCCAAGGGGGGUCGGGAGAGCAGGGUCCUCUCAGCCACUGCCUUUCAGGUUUGCAUUUCCGUUUGAGGGCUGGGCCUCUCAGGGCUCUGGCUCCACCCUUGUUACUACGGGGAGGGGCGUAGGGGGGUCCGCGAGACCCUCCCUGAGGCCCACCCCCAUACCUCUUGCCGUGUUCGGAUGAUUAAAGUGCACAUUUCGAAAGCCC